GGAGUGUCGGCGUCAUUUUGUAUGAGUGUUUAUACGGACAUACUCCCUUCUUAUCGGAGGAAGGCGGUCGUCAGCAGACAAAGCGUAAUAUUGUCAAUCACAAGCAAACAUUUGCCUUCCCGCCUCGUCCAGGGGUCUCUCGGCGAUGCAUGGACCUUAUUGUAAAUCUUAUUUGCGAGAAAGAGGCUCGUCUCUCAUCUAGACGCUAUCGUUACCGGGAUACAACCCAAGAAUCAACAACAGGUAAGAGUCGGCAACGUCGUGGAUACCAAGAUUGGACUGGAAGGUCGGUAUAUCCUCAUGACGGUGAAGAUAUCAAAGCGCACAAAUGGUUUCGAGAUAUCCCUUGGGAUCGAUUGCAAUAUAUCUGCCCACCUUUUGUCCCGCAACUCUCGAGCCGCGAGGAUACACACUACUUUGAUGAGGAGGAACCGAUCUCGGACUGGUCUGAGUCUCAACCAGAAACGAGCUCAGAAAUAGAGGACUUAGCCGUUAAUCCCUUAAUUGCUGGAAGUACCGCCACUGGAUUCGGCGGACCCCAAGUCCCUCGUAUAGCACCUAUCCGAAGUCCUGCAAAGAUAGCAGCCAUGCAAACACAAAUGGCCAUGUUUCCACGCCACCUUCGCGGUGUGCUUGGACAAUUCAUAUCGACGCCGUAUGAUUCGGCAAGACUAAAACGCAUAGACCGCGAGAUCGAAGCCAUGGCGCCUGAUGUGGAGCUCUGCGAUGCAAUGAAAGCGUUCGUGCGGAUGUUUGGGCGCCGCGAGCGGAAGCGGCCGCGUGAUAGGUUGUUGAGGGACAGAAAUACCCGAGGAACUGCGCUCGAAGUACGGAAACAAACCGCUUUCAUGGGCUAUACGUACCGCCGGAUGAGGGAUUAUAAUGCCAUGGGAAUGACUAGGGCGCAUUUCAUAGAAGAUGGCGGAAGCAAAGGGAAGGCGAGAGCGAAUGACAGUGCUGAGUUGGCUUCCUAUCGGGCUUGGUGUCAUGCGCGUGCGGGUUGAUAUCAGGUGGCUUUGUGUUACCGGAGUAAAUAACUCGCGAUGGAGAAAAGUGGCUGGCUGAUGGAUGCAAGUUUUGUUGAAGAGGAAUAUCGAAAAAAAAGGAAAAA